AUGGCACGGCAUGCUCCGCCGUCCACAUUCGCAACGCACGAUCCCACCACGACGCGUCCUGCCCCCUCAUCCACCUUCAUCCCCACCCGACCGCAGUCCACGCAGUGCCCGCGCCACACGCACAUCGUAACCGGCACAUUCAACUCGCCCGAUCUUCACGUGCUAGCCUACGACACGCUCACCUCGACCCUCUCGCUCACGCACACAAUUCCGGCGCAAGGGCCGCACCAGUACCUCGCGCUGGGCGUUUCUUCCACUGGUCAUCAAAGCGUAUACGCGACGACCUGGGCGGCUGUUUCCACGUUGACCAGCUGGCACGUCACCCCCGACCACUCGUUAUCCUUUGGCAACGAACGCACCAUCACGGCCACGGGGAGCUACGUACACGUCCAACCGCCUCCCUUCUCGACUCUCACGGGUCCGGGGUUCGGCGGUCAACCCGGCAUAAGUCGCUGGUUGGCCUCGGCAGGUGGUCCCACUGGCGAACUUCACACGCUCGACCCCGCGACGGGGCGAAUUGGGGUCAAAGUGAAAGAACUCAUCUUCCUCCCCGGUGGCGAACGGGAGCUUGAGCACGCGGAUAAGACGAGAAAGGCGCUGCGAUACGGCGCGCACAGCUUCGAUUGCUCCCCUUCAUCGGAAAGUGGGCAAGUGGCCUUCGUCGCCGAUCUCGGUGCGAACGCUAUUCAGGCCUAUCGCUUUCCGCAGUUGGAACAUCUGUAUACGAUUCCGUCGAAGAGGGAGGGCGAUGGACCGAGACACGUGAUUCCUCAUCCACAGUUCCCGCUCGUGCUGACCGUCACGGAGCAUUCGAAUUACGUGGAUGCGUAUCAGGUUCCUCCCUACACCUCUUCGUCUGUCCAAGGAGUGAGGCACGUUGGGGAGGCGGACAUGUUGACGACCACCCAAGCGAGCCAGGGUCGGGCCAAUUGGAGAGGUGACACGCUGCGCUUCUCGUCCGAUUUGCGGUACGUCUACGCUACGACGAGAGGCAAGACUUCUGCUUUUAAGGGAAUCUUGGUCGCAUAUAGACUGGCCAUCGCGGAAGAGGGAGAAGGGUUGAAGGUGCGGUUGGAUGAGGUGGCCAGGUUGGGGACGCGCACGAGCGGUGGUAAGGCAAACGCUAUUGAGGUCAGCCCGCACUCGCCUGAAGGGCAGGAUUUGAUGGUGUUGACAGAUGAUGAGGAGGGAUGGGUAGACGUCGUCUCCUUCGACCUGGAGGGGGUUGUAUUCAAGAUCGAGGCGACAACCCAACUACCCCCGCUCUCCAGCGGCGAGGCGCAAGGAGCAAGUCACGCCAUCUGGCUCCUGUAA